UGAGCAUGCCAACCUCUUGAUGUUGGAAUGAUGAUUUGCAAAGCAAAAGCAAAGGCAAAGUAGCUGGUAAUAGAAAUGCAGCUGCACAAAAGCCUCGUCAACUGACUGACUUCUCUUUGGUUUUUUACCAUUUUCUUUGAGAAACUGAAGCACUCAAUUGGACAGGUAUACAACUGAACAAUGUCUUGUCAGAUUUGCUUUUCCAGUGAAUAUAAAGAAACUCAUAUAUUUAGAGAUCCAUGUUUUUCCAUCUUCAGACUCUCGUAUUGACAUUUUGUUCAAAGUCCACAUCUGAAGAUCAUACAAAAUCAUACUAAACUAAUUAAGUAAUUAGUUUAAUUCUAAACUAAAAUUCGUUAAAUUUCAAGUAAGUUUAAUCUCCUAUGGACUUUGUCUACUAAUAUUGUUUCUGUCAAAAAGUUUACUGCAGAUUCUAUGACCGACACAUUACUCUGCAACAGGAAAAAUCAUCCUCCUCCUAGAAUAUCCUUUGCUUUGCUCUGCAAAUUCCUCUUUCCUCUUCGUCAUCGUCGUCUUCUGAUAUUCAAACUCUGCUCUUCGCCAUGGAGUUUUUGCUCGAUUUCUUUUUUAUAGCUGCUAUUUCUUUGCUCUGCCCUUUCUUCCUCGCUAAGCUCCUCUCAGUAGCAACAGCUGAUUCUCAUGGACAUGACUUUAAAAGGAGGAUUGUCGAUUACGAUGACCUCAGUUUCCGAGCAGAGUCUAAUGAUUACGCAUGGGAGAAGGAAAGAAAACUUGGGUUUGUUUUGGAAAUUCUCGUAGUUGAUGAAGUAAGCGAAUCGGUAGAGAAUAAACUUGCCCAACAAGAAUCUUCCAGGCAAUGUCUCGGAUCGUCUAACUUAAUUGAAGAUGGAAAAACUUCUAAUAAUCAACUCCCUAGAGAAGAAAUUGAGAUUGUUGAUUUAACAGCGGAAGAUAGUGAAGACGGUGCUGCAUGUGAAUGCGAAGAUCACCUGGUUGACAAAAGUCAUCAGAAAGAAAUCGAGAUGAAUUUCAUAAACAAGGAAUUGGGGAUGAACAAAAGUGAAGUUAAUUGUGGGAUUGAUGGUAGAAAAAAGGAGCUGAUUGAUGAUGAUGAUGAUUGGGAAGGAGUAGAAAGAAGCGAGUUGCAGAGGCUUUUUGGCGCUGCUGUGGCGUAUGUUGGUUCUAUAGAUAACAUAUCGAGUUUUAGCACUGAGUUGAUGCUGACGUUUUAUGGGCUUCACCAGGUUGCCAUCGAAGGACCUUGCCAUGAGACCCCACCCAUGCCAUUGAAGUUCUCUUCUCGCUCAAAGUGGAAUGCAUGGCAACAACUUGGGAACAUGAGAUGAGAGUUGGCUAUGGAGCAGUACAUCAACCCUCUUUCAAGCCACUUUCCUGGUUGGAUGAAAGAUGAUUUUAGGAGGGUACACAUGGGAUUGCAGAUAAUGAUGCAUCAAGGAACCUUGCUUCUGAUUUAAGGCCAUCUCAAGAAAAUCAACUAGACCUUCUAUUUGAGAGGUGAUAUCUGAAUUUACAAAGUUUUACUUUUCACCUAUAAUGUACAAAAACAGGGUAAAAAAAAGGUAUCUGGCAUCUUAUUAUUGGCUGGGGUGCAAUUUUCAUUGUUGGUCCAUAUUCUUAGUUUUGCUAUGCUCUAGCACAGCACGCAGACUAUUCUAAUAACAUUAUUAU